CAUUUUUUGUGAACGAUGGUCCUCGAGUGUUCUUCUUCCAUGGCGUCUUCUUGCUUGCAAGCGUCCAUGGCUUCUCUGCUUCCGUACUCGUCCUCCGCUUUUCAAUCUUCCUCGGAUUCUUUAGGGAGGAGAAACCUCAAGAGUUUUCGCAUUCGCUGUGCUGCUUUUAGCGCGAAAUCCGUUGCCAAAAUUCCCAUGCCUCCGAUAAACCCUAAGGACCCGUUUCUCUCGAUGCUUGCUUCCGUUGCCGAGAAAUCUCCGGAGAAGAUUCUCAAUCGGCCGGUGAACUCGGAUACUCCGCCGUAUCUGGACCUCUUCGAGUCUCCCCAGGCUAUGUCUUCUCCUGCUCAGGUGGAAAGAUCAGUGUCUUAUGGCGGACGAAGACGAAGAUCCGCUCCACCAGACUUGCCAUCUAUGCUUCUCGAUGGGAGGAUUGUUUACAUCGGCAUGCCUCUGGUACCGGCCGUGACGGAGCUUGUGAUUGCGGAGCUAAUGUAUCUCCAAUGGUCGGAUUCUAAGGAGCCCAUAUAUCUUUAUAUAAAUUCCACAGGGACUACUCGUGAUGACGGCGAGACAGUUGGAUUGGAAACAGAAGGCUUUGCGAUUUAUGAUUCUUUGAUGCAGAUGGAAAAUGAGAUACAUACGGUCUGUGUAGGAGCAGCUAUAGGUCAGGCGUGUCUAUUGCUUUCAUCCGGCACUAAGGGCAAGCGGUUUAUGAUGCCACAUUCAAAAGCAAUGAUCCAACAGCCUCGUGCGCCUUCUUCCGGUUUGAUGCCUGCCAGUGACGUCCUGAUCCGCGCCAAAGAGGUAAUGACAAACAGGGAUGUAUUAGUGGAACUUUUGGCAAAGCACACGGGAAACUCUAUCGAGACUGUAGCUAACGUGAUGAAAAGGCCGUAUUACAUGGAUGCACAAAAAGCUAAAGAAUUUGGAGUCAUUGACAAGGUUCUCGGGAGUGGGGAGGACAAGAUUAUUUCGGACAAGAAUAAGAAAUUGAUCCCGGAACGGCGCUAGUUUUCAAGCUCUCUCGACAUCGUAUCGCCAUCAUUCGAGGCAUCAAAAUCAAAAGGCGCAUCGGGAGAUGACAGUAUCUGCCCAUAAUGUUACAAAAUAAAAUCCCCAGAUUUUGAAAAGUCUUCAACUGCAGUCUGUAUUCCCCCACAGUGACUUGAACUGUAUCGUGUAAUACUAUAAUACUCCCUCUAAUUCACACUAGUUGCUCUGAGCAGUUAUUAUUCUUCAUCAGUCCCAAUCGAAUUCGACAGAUUUA